UCUCUCUCUAACUCUUCACAUCGUUGGAUCGACCAAACCAUUUCCCCUCUUCGUCACCCUCGUCCUCCUCCUCCGCGAUCCAAAACCCUAACCCUAACCCUAACCCUAGCAUUAACCUCUAGAUUCUCCCUGAUUCCUCUCGAUUCGGAUCGGGGAGUGGAGUCGAUCGAUGAUCGCAAGCCAUGCCGGCGUCGCCGAAGCGCUCCUCCGCCUCCUCCGCCUCCGCGGCCCUCCCCUUCGCCCUAGAGUUGGACGACUUCAAGGGGGACUUCUCCUUUGAUGCCCUGUUCGGGAGCCUGGUGAACGAGCGCCUCCCGGAGUUCCAGGAAGAGGAUGGAGACGCGCCCGAUGGCGGUUUUGGCGGCGGCGGCGGCGGCGGCGACGCGCUGCCGAAUGGGAACUUACGCGCCGGGGCGGGGCCGCCGAUGUUCCCCGCGGUGGAUGAGCUCCUCACCCUGUUCAAGGAGUCGUGCAAGGAGCUCGUUGAUCUACGGCAACAGAUUGAUGUUAGGCUUCAGAAUUUGAAGAAGGAGGUGGCGGUUCAAGAUGCGAAGCACCGGAAGACACUUGCUGAGUUGGAAAAAGGUGUAGACGGCCUAUUUGAUAGCUUCGCCAGGCUGGACUCUCGUAUUUCAAGUGUCGGUCAGACUGCUGCGAAAAUUGGAGAUCAUUUACAGAGUGCAGAUUCCCAGAGAGAAACUGCUAGUCAAACAAUAGAGCUAAUCAAGUACUUGAUGGAGUUCAAUAGUAGCCCCGGUGACCUUAUGGAACUUUCACCUCUGUUUUCUGAUGAUAGUCGUGUUGCGGAGGCUGCUUCAGUUGCACAGAAAUUACGGUCAUUUGCUGAGGAGGAUGUUGGAAGACAUGGUGUGCCAACGGCAGUGGGUGCUGCAAAUGCCAGCAGGGGCCUAGAAGUUGCUGUUGCAAACCUCCAAGAGUACUGUAAUGAAUUGGAGAACAGAUUGUUGGCUCGGUUUGAUGCAGCGUCACAGAGACGAGAAUUAUCCACUAUGGCGGAAUGUGCUAAAAUUUUGGCUCAGUUCAACAGGGGGACUAGCGCAAUGCAACAUUAUGUUGCAUCAAGACCAAUGUUCAUUGACGUGGAAGUUAUGAACACGGAUAUCCAGGUUGUCCUUGGUGAUCAGGGUUUGCAAGCUGGCACUACCAAUAUUGCACGUGGUCUUUCUACGUCGUACAAGGAAAUAACAGAGACUGUGCGGAAAGAGGCAGCUACGAUUAUGGCUGUCUUCCCAUCUCCAAAUGAUGUUAUGGCUAUUCUCGUGCAGCGAGUGCUAGAACAAAGGGUGACCUCAAUACUUGACAAGCUUUUGAUAAAACCAUCCCUUGUGAACUUACCUCCUAUUGAAGAAGGCGGCCUUUUACUGUAUCUAAGAAUUUUCGCCGUGGCAUAUGGUAAGACACAAGAACUUGCUAAAGAGUUGCGAUCUGUGGGCUGUGGAGAAUUGGAUAUUGAAGGUCUCACCGAGUCAUUGUUUCUUGCGCACAAAGAUGAGUAUGCUGAACAUGAGCAGGCAUCCCUCAAGCAGCUAUAUGAUGCAAAGAUGGAAGAGCUGCGUGCUGAGGCUCAACAACAAUCUGAGUCCACCGGGACGCUCUCACGUUCGAAAGCAGCAUUAAAUCCGUCUACCCACCAACAGAUAUCUGUUACUGUCGUAACAGAAUUCGUCCGCUGGAAUGAGGAAGCAAUAUCUAGAUGCACUUUAUUUUCUUCUCAGCCUGCAACUCUUGCAGCUAAUGUGAGGUCGGUGUUCACUUGCUUACUCGAUCAAGUAAGCCAAUAUCUAACCGAAGGACUAGAGCGUGCCAGAGAGAGUUUGAAUGAGGCUGCAGCAUACAGGGAUAGAUUUGCUAUUGGGAAUAUUGUUAAUAGAAGAGCAGCUCAAGCAGCUGCUACUGCAGCAGAGGCGGCUGCUGCUGCUGGUGAGACCAGCUUUAGAUUUUUCAUGAUUGCUGUUCAACGAUGUGCUAGUAGUGUGGCCAUACUACAACAAUACUUCUCGAACACUAUUUCUCGGCUUCUGCUCCCUGUGGAAGGUGCCCAUGCUGCUUCCUGUGAAGAGAUGGGCACGGCAGUUUCCAGUGUUGAGGGUGCUGCUCAUAAGGGGCUUCUACAGUGUAUUGACACUGUAAUGGCUGAGGUUGAGCGGCUGCUGUCUACAGAACAGAAGGCUACUGAUUAUCGUUCUCCUGAUGAUGGUGCUGCUCCUGAUCACCGACCAACGAAUGCGUGUAUAAGAGUUGUUGCAUACUUAUCUCGUGUUCUGGAGGUUGCGUUCAGUGCCCUUGAAGGCCUCAACAAGCAAUCGUUUUUAACUGAAUUGGGCAAUCGCUUACACAAGGGGCUGCUUAAUCAUUGGCAGAAGUUUACAUUUAGCCCCAGUGGUGGGCUUCGGCUGAAGCGUGACAUUACGGAGUACGGGGAGUUUGUUCGCAGCUUUAAUGCUCCUUCCAUUGAUGAGAAGUUUGAAUUGCUGGGCAUAAUGGCUAAUGUCUUUAUUGUGGCUCCCGAAAGCCUCGCGUCCUUGUUCGAAGGAACCCCAAGUAUCCGAAAAGAUGCAUUAAGAUUCAUUCAACUGAGGGAUGACUACAAGACUGCGAAAAUAGCGUCUAGGAUCAACAGCAUCAUGUCAGAGUCGUAAAUUUAUAACGGAGGGCGGAAGCAUGCAUACAUGAGGUAGGAAAAAGGCCGACACUUUUUGUUUGCUCCAAACCAAAAGGUUUCUUUUUCAUCUUUUUAAAGCUUUAAAACGAGCUUCUGCGAUUCUGUUUGUCCUCGGGUCUGUAGAGUUCUCAUCUGCAUUGUUGUGUUCGUAGAGACAGUUUAAAAUUCAUGUUCAUUCUUUCUAGCUUCUGGAUAUGUUUAAUUUUGCCGAGCGAAUUGAAAAAUCAUGCGUGUAAAUGAUUAGAACCCUUGAGGCUUAUUUCGUGAAUUUAGAUACUAUAUGAUCUGUGACUAUGAAACAACUUAAGAUUGUAUGAUAUGUUAAAUUCAAUUUAUGGCUAUUAAAAUUGUGUUUGAA